GUGACUGUUUUUAGAUGACGCGGUACACAUACAGUCGUGCACGUGCGCGUGUGCGCGCGGCGGAUAAGAGAGGUGAAGCGUCGCAGGAGGUGUGAGGCUCACCAUGCCAGGCUGCCCGCCGCUGUGCGUCUGCGCCUCAGACCCGGCGAACCUCCGCCUCUCGUGGUCCUGCUGCUCCCAGGCUGCCAGCCGCCGCUGUGUGCCUGCGCCUCGGCCUCAGACCCGGCUAACCCCCGCCUCUCAUGGUUCUUCUCCCGGUCUCAGUCAGCGGACCAUGCGGCUCUUCACCGUCUCUACUCUGCUCCUGUUUUUCUCCAGCUCAGGGCUGGCUCUGCAGAUCCAGUGCUACCAGUGUGAGGAGAUGACACACGACUGCUCCACGCCAGAGUUCAUCGUUAACUGCACGGUGAACGUGCAGGACAUGUGCCAGAAGGAGGUUCUGGUCAAGGAUGAUGGGAUACACUACCGCAAGUCCUGCGCCUCGUCAGGAGCCUGUCUUAUCGCUUCUUCUGGUUACCAGCAGUUCUGCACCGGCAAGCUCAACUCUGUUUGCAUCACGUGCUGUAACACACCGCUGUGUAACGGACCGCGGCAGAAGAAACGUCCCCAACCGUCAGCCGCCAUUGCCCUGACCACGUCCCAGCUCCUUGUGUUUUCGCUCUACGUCCUCGGCCUACUGUCCUUUAUCCUGUGCUGACACGCUGAGUAAAGAUGUGUAUUGAGAGUGGAGACAACACAAACUGGAACUGUAUUACCUGAGACGGAGAAGAAAACAUACUGUGAAAUGUAUGCUCUUUGAGGCCUGUGGUACAGUAUUUGUUCUCUUUUUGUUGCAGCUUGCCUCCAAAGGUCAAACUGGGACAUUUUAUCAUCACGUGCCACAAAUAUGAUCAUGGUGCAGCUGCAAGGGCAGCUGGGUAAUGUGAGGUGGAGGACAGUGCCGUGGAUGGAACAGCUUCUGGCUGUUUUGUUGGGCAGCAGGUGGCUCAUUCGCAUCUGUCUUUGUUUACUUACACUGCAAGGUUAAAAAUGACAUAUGGCAAGAAAGAUAGUAAGUUCAGAUUCAUCAUUCAUUUUCUGAGCCUUAGGAAAAGCUCUCACGGAUAUAUAUCUGAUUUAUGAUGAUGAUGUAUUCUAAAUCAAUACGUUCCCUGGAACAAUCGCCAAUUUCGCUGUAUUGACGAACUGGAAAAAGACAAUGCAUGAUAUGUAUGACAACGAUACUGUUGUUUGAUUCUGGAAAGAAAAAUGCAGUUAGGGAAAAAAAGGUAUUGGAUGAAGAAAAACAUAUGCUAGUGAUUAUUUUAAAGCCCCAUACAGCCCUUAAGCCCCACACAGAUACAUCUUAUCAGUGGAGGCCAUAAAAAGUUCUGUUUUUAUCCUGAAACUUUCCUCCACUGUAACAACCAUUGCAGUCUGCACACACAUAAUGUACAUAAAGCUAGCAUGUUGAAAUACACAAACCUUUUUUUCAAACUACUUACCACGUACGCACUGCAUCUCUAACGGUUGAAAUUAGAGCAGUUUGCAUUGUUGUGGAGCAGCACUAGUGCAGUGGUACGAUGAUAGGCAUCUAGACAUCUACCCUAACUCCUUAUGGACUCAGCCAACUUUUUAGAAAGAGCUCUGAAGUAAUCCUUGAUAGAUAUGCUAGUUCCUUUCGAUUGGGGAAUAUGUCGUGUGGUAAGGCAUCCGUUUGCAUACCUUAAAGCUACAUUGGGUAAGAAUUUUUCCCAUCUAGCGGUGAAAUUGUAUAUGACAACCAACUGAAUAUUACUUUCUAGCCCUUCCCAUUCCGAGCGCAUUUCAACUCCUAAGGUGGCCGAACCCCAAAUUAGCUCUUAGUAUCUCCAUUGUUUACACGCAGCUGUUCUAGCCACUC